GUGGAUCAAGCUCCCGUAUAUCUGCGCUUCCAUCGCUGCGAUGGCCUCUUUGGCUGAUGCCUUUGCUCCUUCUACUGCUCUCCUGAGAUCGAGAAGCAACAUGCGGAGCCUCGCACGUGCUGGUCCGGCUGCAGUUCGCAUCAGGGCGGCGAAGGAGCAGCCCGACCAGGUCAUCGACUUCGGCAAGGUUGGCUUCUCGGAUGCAGAGAAUCAGAUGCGCAGUCUUGUCUUUCAACCCGAGGAGGGUGAGACCGAACCAGAGAGCAGGUGCCGUGUGAACUGGGACAUCAAGCUUGAGCAGGCGCUCAAUGACCAUAUCAACGUCGAGUACACAGCUUCGUAUGCCUACCAUGCUCUCUUCUCUUACUUCGAUCGCGAUACCGUAGCACUCAAAGGAUUUGCCAAAUUCUUUGCGGACCAAUCGCAGGAGGAAAGGGGACACGCUGAGCAGUUCAUGAAGUACCAGAACACUCGUGGUGGGAAAGUUGUUCUCAAGCCGCUGGCUGUCCCAGACAUGCAGUUUAGCAGAGUCGACGGAACAUCGGAUGCUCUCUAUGCGUUCGAGCUUGCUUUGAUGCUUGAGAAGUUUGUUUAUCGGAAAUUGCUUGAUCUGCACGCACUUGGUGCGGAGUGCGAGGAUCCUCAGUUCUGCGACGAGAUCGAAAACUAUCUCGGGGAUCAGGUGCGAGCGAUCAAGACAAUGGCGGAGUACGUCGCUCAGAUCAAGCGUGUCGGAACUGGACACGGCGUGUGGGAUCUGGACAAGAAGCUGGAGGAAGAGAUGCAGGCAGCUGCCUAAAAGAAUUGCGAGACGUAACGAGUACAGGCAUGUGAUGAGAUGCUG